GUAAACUGGAAACCUGAAUGUUAUGAACAGGAACAAUCCUUUAGACUUAUUCACAAAGCUACAUCUACUCUCCAGUCAAUGUUGACUUUUUUCUAAUCAUAAGAAGAGAAAGAGCAAAGUCAACACAUGCUGAGCCAUGGCUUCCUCUGAAGAGCAGCUCCAGUGUUCUAUCUGUCUGGAUGUGUUCGCUGAGCCAGUCACCACUCCCUGUGGACACAACUUCUGCAAGGCCUGUAUCAGAGGAUACUUGGAUAGCACUGACGUGUGCAAGUGUCCCACAUGUAAAAAUACAGUUUAUAAGAGACCAGAUCCCUUUUUCAAUACUUUCACUUCUGUGAAGGCUGCUCAAGUCAAGGAGUUAGCUCCAGUUCAUGUCACACUCAUCACCCCAGGACAAGCCCAAACCACAACCCUCAACAAAUCUGGAGAAGUACCAUGUGACAUCUGCACAGAGACAAAGCACAUGGCCCUGAAGUCCUGUCUGAUGUGUCUGACCUCUUAUUGUGAGGCUCACCUGGAGCAUCAUUGGAUAGUGGCGUCUUUAAAGAAGCACAAGCUGACUGACCCUGUGGAGAACCUGGAAGACUGGGUGUGUAAGAAGCAUGAGAGACCCCUGGAGCUGUUCUGUAAGAGAGACCAAGCAUGUGUGUGUCAGUUCUGCACCGAGACAGACCACAAGACUCAUAAGACUGUCCCCAUAGAGGAAGAGUAUGGAGAGAGGAAAGCUCAGAUGGGGAAAAGUAAGGAUACAUUUCAGAAGAUGAUCCAGGAGAGACUGAAGAAGGUUAAGGAGAUUGAACAGGCAGUAGAGCUCAGCAAGAGAGACGCAGAGAGAGAGAUAGCAGACAGUUUGCAGGUCUUCGCUGCUCUGGUUCGUUCCAUUGAGAGAAACUAUGCUGAGCUCAUUGAGGUGGUUGAGGAGAAGCAGAAAGCAGCCGAGAGACAGGCUGAAAGGCUCAUUGAAGAGCUGGAGCAACAAAUCACUGAACUUAAGAGCAGAGGCACUGAGCUGGAGCAGCUCUCAGAUAUUAAGGACCACCUCCACCUCCUUCAGAGCUCCACAUCCCUCUAUACCACCCUUCCACCUACCAAGAACUGGUCUGGUGUUCACAGCGAUCUGUGUGUUGGGACUGUGAGGAGAGCUGUGUCUCAACUGGAGGAGACACUCAAUAUGGAGAUGUUUCCUCAAAUCAAGCUGAAUAGGAUGCAGCAGUGUGCAGUGGAUGUGACGCUGGAACCUGACACAGCAUGUCUGUCUGAGGACCGGAAAGAAGUGAGAUAUGGAGCCAUAAAGCAGGAACUCCCUGACAACCCAGAGAGGUUUGAUUGUCAUCCCCGUGUGUUAGGAAUGGAGGGGUUCUCUUCAGGGAAAUUCUACUAUGAGGUACAGGUGAAGGAGAAGACUUGGUGGGCCUUAGGAGUGGCUAGAGAGUCCAUCAACAGGAAGGGGAUGAAUGUACGGAGUCCUGAAUUUGGAGCCUGGACUAUAGAGCUGAGGAAUAGGAAUGAGUAUGGAGCUCGCACUGAGCUUGUAGUUCCCCUCACCAUGAGAGAGAAGCCCCAGAAAGUGGGCGUGUUUGUAGAUUAUAAGAAGGGUCAGGUCUCCUUUUACGAUGUGGAGGUCAGGUCUCAUAUCUACUCUUUUACGGACUGCACCUUCGCUGAGAGACUACCCACUGUUGUCUUCACCUGAUCCUAUCUUCUCUCCCAUCAUGUCUGAGUUUAGUCAAUAGGAAAUUCAGUCACAGGAAAGCACAGCGAUGUGCCCUAAUGAAUGUGUUUAUAGAUUGUUAUCUAUGGUCAGAUUGUAUAAUUAAGCAGUAAGGCCCGAGGUGUGGUUUAUUGGACAAUAUUUUUUUCUUAUUUAAAAUGACCUGUCAAACACUUACAGUAUGUAUAGUGUAACUAUAUACACAUCAAUAACACAAUACAUGAAGAGCAAACAUAAAAAGCUAAACAUAAUGAUACAAACACAUUCUUCAGUAAAAAAAUACGGAAGCAGCCUUUAGCAGUGGUAUAUUGGCCAUAUACCAAAAGGUAAAGGGGAUACCAAGUCAGUUGCACAGCUAAAUGAAUUCAACUGAAAUGUGUCCACAUGUAACCCAACACCUCUGAAUCAGUCCAUGUCAUCAGUGCCCAGGGAGCAGUUAUUGUGGGGGUUAACUGCCUUGUUCAAGGGCAGAAUUGCAGAUUGUUCCACCUUGCCCGGCUCGAGGUGACUUAUUGCUAUUAUAAACCGGUUACCAUGAAUAUAACAAUAAACAAUUAUUUUUGCGUCAUGCCUGUGGUAUAUUGUCUGAUAUACACAUGGCUGGAAUGCUGUUUCCGCCAAUCUUAACUGUAAAUUGCUAUGAAAAAAAAUCUAAAAAGUUGUCUAGUCCAUGUGCCAUUAUUUUUCUUCCUGUACAAAAUACAUAUGCCCCUCAUUCCUCCCCUCAUUGUAUAAAGAGUUAGGGCCAGCUCGCUGUCAUGCCAAAAUGUCCCCCGGCCAAAAAGUGUCCCCCUCUGCGUUACAAUGGGAUUCUAUAAACCACGUCCGUUGCUAUAUCAACGGUGUGAUGGCAAAAUGAUUACAAUUUUGGAUAUCAUUACAGCCUAAAUGAUGUUCUUUUUAUCAUCACUAUG